AUGGGAGUCACAACAUCAUCACCGACCUACGGUACAAUGCACUCCGGCCAGCUGUACCCUCCAGACUACGAAGAUUGUACGAGGCCCUUGGUGGAAGUUUUUGAAAAGUCCAAGGACCGGACCGAGUUCACGGGCGGCUCUCUGACCGUCGUUCGCGGCUGGCCGAGCACCGGCGGCUUCUUCAUCCUGAGCUGCGACGGAGUUGAGCUCGAGUUCCUCGGUCUCGACCGCUUCGAGCCGACACCACGGUCCCAGGAUCCCGCGGAGGAGGACGCAUUCUGCGCUCAGAUGCGCAGGCUCGGGCCACGUUGGUACCGUAACCUGGAGGAAGAAGCCUUCGAGAGUCUCGGGAGGGAGUCUCGAACCGACACCGUUCACAAGGCCUUUGGCUGGCCGGCCGAUGGGGGCGUUUGGGCCCUGAAGAUGCCAGAAAUGGACUCUUAUUUUAAGGGCAUGUCAAGGAUCCGAAAUGCCUUUAGCAUGGCUGAAAGGUGUCGUCAAAUUGAGAAGCUGGGCGGUGUAUUUUUCAGUGACCCGACCAAAUGCGCGGACCUAAAAUUGGCAUGAAAGCAGCUGCCAUUCCCUCCGAGUCUCUAAACUGGAAUUAAUGGAAAUGCAGUCUGUACUACAAGAAACUGGCGCAUUCAAUACACGACGCCUCCUUGAGCAUCUCGUUUCGUGUCUGUAGGCAUCAUUCGUAUUUCUCCGUGUCGGCCUCGCAGAGGCGGGGUGUCUCGCGAAACUGCGCUACUCGUUGGACGUAGUCGGGGCGCAGCACGUAGGUCUCGUCGUCAAUUUCGUUGGCGGCGCUUUCAUCGGGCGGCGAGGAGUGGUCGGGAGCACUCGGUCACGGGGCGGGCAGGUGCGCCGUGUUGCAUUCGGCCGUGGUUUUGAGAGAGCGAUGCCGUGGAACCGUGGCGGUCGUGAUUGCGCUGUAUAAUGACUUGGCGGAUUUCGCCACGACACGUAGUGGAUCGUAGGUGAAUUGGCAGAGAGUCGGCUCUGUUUGAAAAUCAUUGAGUGGUUUUGUUUUUAGUCCCUAUACGUGAUUUAUGUGGCGCCUCCAUACAAUGGUAACCACCAAAGAUUCAG